UCAGAGCUCAGAUGGUCCAAGACAUCACCCCCAAGCUGGGAACCGGGGAGAUGGCCGAGACCGACCCCAGGACCAUGCAGGAUCUCACCUCAGUGAUGCAGACUCUUCUGCAACAGAUGCAGGAUAAAUUUCAGACUAUGUCCGACCAGAUCAUUGGAAGAAUUGAUGAUAUGAGUAGUCGCAUUGACGACCUGGAGAAAAACAUUGCAGACCUCAUGACACAGGCUGGGGUGGAAGAGCUGGAAGGUGAAAACAAGAUACCUGCCACACAGAAGAGUUGAAGUUUGCUAAUUUACACUGAAAUCAGGAACACCAUUUUCACAAGCCAAGAGAACACUGAAUGGCUAUUUGCAACUAACUUCUAUGUGUUGACAGGUUUUAUAUUAUAAAGUGUACUUUCUUAACAUAUACUACACAGGUUGUUUAUAGUGAUUUUUUCCCCCUCUCAGUUUUUUGAACAUGGUACCCUCACAUCUUGGACCUUGGUCAGUUGUGCUGUUAAAUAUUAAACACUAAAACUUUG